UCCUGAAUUGGAACACAACAUGAAGCGACUGACCGAGCGAGUGCAUCACGAGGAGCAGGAGUCGGAAGAGGUGGUCUGGGUCAAGAGGGAGGACGCACGCAUCGCCGGCAAGCUGCCCAUCGUAUUCUCGAGGAACUAUGCGGUCCGCUUUGGUGGCCUUGAACGCCUACAUCCCUUCGAUGCGGCCAAGGGCAAGCACAUUCACAAGCUCCUGUGCGCCCAGCUGCAGCUCGACGAGGGCAGCUUCUACGAGCCCACGGAGCUGACCAAGAACCAGCUGCGUCGGAUUCACACAAGGGGCUACCUUAAGUCACUGCGCUGGAGCAUGAAUGUGGCCUGCAUCGCUGAGGUGCCGGUAAUGGCCUUUGUUCCGAAUCGCUACAUUCAGCGCUCCUAUUUGCGUCCCAUGCGCUUCCAAGCAGCCGGUUCCAUUUUGGCCGGCAGGCUGGCGUUGGAUUAUGGCUGGGCCAUCAACCUGGGCGGUGGGUUCCAUCACUGCUGCUCGUACAGAGGCGGUGGCUUCUGUCCGUACGCUGACAUCUCGCUGCUCAUCGUCAGGCUGUUCGAGCAGGAACCAUACCGGGUGCGCCGCAUCAUGAUCGUGGACCUGGAUGCCCAUCAGGGCAACGGGCACGAGCGGGACUUCAACAACGUGGCAGCCGUGUACAUUCUGGACAUGUACAAUGCCUUUGUCUAUCCGCGGGAUCAUGUGGCCAAGGAGAGUAUCCGGUGUGCGGUGGAGCUGCGCAACCACACUGAGGAUGCCUUCUACUUGCGACAACUUAAACGCUGCCUGAUGCAGUCCCUGGCCGAGUUCCGUCCAGAUGUGGUCAUCUACAAUGCGGGAACCGAUGUCCUCGAGGGGGAUCCUUUGGGCAAUCUGGCUAUUUCCGCGGAGGGCGUCAUGGAGCGGGAUCGAUUGGUGUUUAGUACAUUCCGCACUUUGGGAAUUCCGGUGGUAAUGCUGCUCAGUGGUGGCUACCUAAAGGCAUCCGCGGGCGUAAUUGCGGCUUCCAUUGUUAAUCUGCGGCUUCAGGGAUUGCUAAACUAAGGAAUUCAAAUAGUUUAGGGCGAUAAUACCAAGGUAGUGCUGUGAAUGAAAGUGCAUAAUAUGAUGGCUUAGAAAUUACCUGACUAGAUAAGAAGACAGCUCUUUACACCUUAUCAAAAUUUAUUAAACAUAUAUAAUUUAAAGUCGUUAUAAUAGUUAUUUGUCUUCUAUGAAGUAAUGAUUUCAGAUCAUUAAGUUCAGUAUCGCAAUAUAUGCAGAAGGUAUAAAUAUUUCCAGUGAUUUAUGAGUUAUAGCUUGUUGCUUGUCAAUAUUUGUACAGACAUCUCUUCCUUGGCAUUUUCAGAGGUUCAAUUGGGUUUGUUAAUCCUAUGUACAAUGCAAAAUGGGCCGGACAAGUGGAAAGAAUUUUGUCGCAAUUGGUUAAAUGUCUAUAUAUGAUACAACGUAGUCGCUAGAAGCUAAUUUACUUGUUUAAAAUACAAAAAUACAUAUAAAUAAACGUUUGCUUAAUGUUUUAAAUAAGACAA